ACAUAGACUCUAGCUGGCUGUGUGUAUAUCUUAAUAUAAAUAUUAGCUCUAAUGGAGAAUCUCUUUUCAUCUUCCAUACAAUUUCUAUAGUCCCAAUUAUAGUAACAGUGCAAGAUCUAUUUUCCGCAUCUUGGAUAUCUGGCUAAAAGAUUGAAUAUUGUGUUAAUCUUUCUAGUAGUCAAGGGGAACAAUGAAUGCACUAGCAGCCACCAACAGGAACUUUAAGUUGGCCUCUAGGCUUCUGGGAUUGGAUUCAAAGCUUGAGAAAAGUUUGCUGAUUCCAUUCAGGGAAAUCAAGGUUGAAUGUACCAUACCUAAAGAUGAUGGCACGUUGCAAUCUUAUGUUGGGUUCAGGGUUCAACAUGAUAAUGCCAGAGGCCCCAUGAAAGGAGGAAUCAGAUACCAUCCUGAGGUUGACCCUGAUGAAGUGAAUGCUUUAGCACAACUAAUGACAUGGAAAACAGCUGUAGCAAAUAUACCAUAUGGUGGUGCCAAAGGAGGGAUAGGGUGUGACCCAGCAGAAUUAAGUAUAUCUGAGUUAGAAAGACUUACUAGAGUUUUUACACAAAAAAUUCAUGAUUUGAUUGGAACUCACACAGAUGUGCCAGCACCUGAUAUGGGAACAGGGCCACAGACCAUGGCAUGGAUACUAGAUGAGUAUUCCAAAUUCCACGGUUACUCUCCUGCAGUAGUGACUGGAAAACCUAUAGAUCUUGGUGGAUCUCUAGGUAGAGACGCGGCUACAGGACGGGGAGUCCUCUUUGCAACAGAGGCUUUGCUUAAUGAGUAUGGGAAGAGUGUAUCUGGACAACGGUUUGUCAUACAGGGUUUUGGAAAUGUAGGGUCAUGGGCUGCCCAAUUAAUUAGUGAGAAAGGUGGAAAAGUUGUAGCUGUGAGUGACAUAACUGGAGCCAUAAAGAACAGCAAUGGUCUUGACAUCCCAAACCUUCUUGAGCAUUCCAAAGUGCACAGGGGAGUAAAAGGAUUCCAUGGUGGUGAUCCAAUUGACCCUAACUCAAUAUUGGUUGAAGAUUGUGAUGUUCUAGUCCCAGCGGCUCUUGGGGGUGUCAUCAAUAGGGAAAAUGCAAAUGAAAUCAAGGCCAAAUUUAUUGUGGAAGCAGCUAAUCACCCAACUGACCCAGAGGCUGAUGAGAUUCUGAAGAAGAAAGGGGUUGUUAUCCUCCCAGACAUAUUUGCAAACUCAGGAGGCGUUACAGUUAGCUACUUUGAGUGGGUCCAGAACAUCCAAGGUUUCAUGUGGGAUGAGGAGAAAGUGAACAAUGAGCUAAAGACCUACAUGACCAAAGGUUUCAAAGAUGUGAAGGAAAUGUGCAAAACCCAUGAAUGUGAUCCUCGUAUGGGAGCCUUCACCCUGGCAGUCAACCGUGUCGCACGUGCCACUGUCCUUAGGGGUUGGGAAGCUUGACAUCUAUUGCUUCUGCUUUCAAUAAAUUAAAGUGCUCCACUCUCAGCAACACUUCACAAAGAUUUUGUUGCAUUCAUCUCAUGUGUUGGGUGAAUUGUAUUUUCACCCCAAAUUUUCUUUGAUUUAAUAUCUGAUUUAUCAAAGGGGAAGAAUCCAUUUACCAUUCUUAUUUCUUGGAUUAA